UUCUCGCUCUCGCAGUUUCCGGUCGUCUUUUUUGCAACUAAAAACUCAAGUCUGUCCUUAUUGUUAGGACCAGGGAAUGGCUACGAGAAACCCAAUUUCAUGCAUAGGAUGACGGGAAGAACCAUGUUCCUCGGCGGAUGCAUCCAUGGGUCCCUGUAUAUUCGCAAUCAUCUGCAGUAUGGACUUGCAAUUCCUGGUCCGCCGAAAGAGACUUCGGGAGUGGCGUCGUUGGCCCUCCUCUGCAUCAUCGUCCUCACAUCUUUGAGGCCAGUCAAGACACUGUUUUACGAGUGUUUCUUCGUCGUCCACGUUUUGACAUAUGUGGCAUUCUUUGUUAUCAUAUGCUACCAGACGUCGUACGCAUCGCCGUGGAUAUUCCCUCCCCUUGCAUUUUACGGCGCAGAUGUUUUAUUGCGCCUAUUCCGCUAUCGAAUCAAGGAUGCUAUCCUCACUAGGCAGGACAUUCACAUGACUUUGAUCCGCGUUCAUAAUUGCGACGAUGGCUGGCUCGCAGGCCAGCAUGUCAGAUUGCGUGUUUUCUUCUUGGACAAAGUUUUUAAAUCCCAUCCAUUCACUAUCCUCUCGGCACCACCAUCUCAUUCUUGCCUCUCCUCACCUGGGUUCCUUCUCGCGGCACGAAGCGAUGGAGACUGGACGCUGGCAUUGAAUAACCACACCCGACAGCAACAAGAACGUUUACACAUCAAUGAGAAGUCUGAGGGCGACUCUGUUGCUUUCGUUCAAGUCAUGCUGGAUGGUCCUUAUGGAGGGUCAGGCGUCGAUCUGGGUCUGCACGAAAGCGUGUUUCUUGUAGCCGGCGGGUCUGGGGUCACACUCACUCUUGGCCUGCUGGACGACAUCAUCGGCAGGUGUGUCAAACUAGGCCGCAGUCAGGAGGAACGGAUUGAAGAGACUACUGACUUCGACGGGUGCAAAUGUUGA